UGCUGAGGUCCCGGCGAGGGCCGGGUUCCCGGCGCACGGUCCCGCCCUGGCGCUGGGCGCCGUCUGGGCGGAGCCGAUGUCCGGAGGCGGCUGCCCCCGCGGGAGGCCGUCCCCGCCCCCAAUCGCGGCGCCGCCAGUGUUUUCGGAAGCGCGAGCGCCGCCCGAGAGCGGAGGACGAGGCGGGAGCUGCUGCGGAGAGACUGCUGCGCGGUCAGUCGUGCGGGCUCCUCGAUGGGCGGGCAGCUGAGCGCACCUGGCGGCGGCGGGAGCCUGCCACGCCCCGUGAACGCGGACUGGAUGUCGGCGCUGUGCCCGCGGCUCUGGGACGUGCCCCUGCACCACCUCUCCAUCCCGGGUGAGCGGCUCUGUGGCCGGGGGGGUGCUGGCUGUGGGCUGGGCUGGGCUCCACCAACCACACACGUGUGCACACGCAGGUACACACGAACACGCGCACACACACACACACACACACGUGAGCAGCUUCAUCUCAGACUCUGGCCUCCGGGACGGGGGAGGGUGAAUUCUGUGGUUUAAGCCCCCAGUUUGCGCUCCUUCGUCACAGCUGCCCCCGGACACUCCCGCCCCGAUCACCUCACCACCGAAGGCCCGAGUCCCCGUGUGGGGUGGAGGGUCAGGUGCCGGGCGUGCGGGGACAAGGCAGAGGCAGGCGAGCCCGGCUGGGGUCCCAGCUCAGCAUUCGAUGCGCCUCGGGACCCUCCUUGCAGCCCUGCCGGCCGGCGGCCACUUCUUCCUGGGGGUCCGGCUCCCUUCACCUCGCCGUCUCUGCCUGCCAGGCCCGGGCUGGGGCGUCCUUCCCGGGCCCAGGUCCCUCCCACCAGGACCACCGGCCACCGGGGCGUCGCGAGGGCACGGAGUUGGGCGCCCGCGGGCGUGUUCAUGAACAAGGCCCAGGCGGUGUGAGAGCAGAGACGAGGCCGCCGACCGCACGACCAGACUGAGAGGUGUCGUCCACGCGUGGGAAUCCAGAAGACGCUGUUCGUGGCCGAGUCGACCCGUCAGAACAGGAAAUGGAAACACCCGCCGUUUACAGAAACAGUAAAAUGUGAAAUGCAUGAGGCAAGUGGGACGAUUUGCCGGCUGCAGAUGAAGGAAAACGGAGCCUCCGGUCGGGAGUCGGGACGAGGAUGCGACGGAACGAACGAGAGAUGCACCUCCAGGUCGACAGAAUGGCCCCUUCCCGCCCGUCCGCCGGGACGAAGGCGGUGCCGGCGUCAGAGCGUCUGAGAAGGGAGAGCAGGACGGGCUCUGAUGUGCUCAGUGGUGACGUGCAGAUUUCACACGCAGAUGACACGGGGCGUUUGUAAAGCUCCCCUCACCGUCCAGACCCGCUGUCGGUGACGCUCCAGGUCGGUGGAUCCGAACAUUGAAUUCAAAAGUGGCUACAACUCUGAGAAUGUAACGUCUUAUAAACGAGGAGGCGUUUCACGUCUGCGCACACAGGGUUCCCUCGACGGUGAAGAGGCUCCAGGUGGCUAAUAAUGUGGAGGGGGGAUCAGGCGAGAUGCCGUCUCAUGUUUUACAGGGAGACGUGUCACAGAAUGUUCAAAGAUUUAAGUGAAACAUAAACCACAAAGUUCUGUCGGAAGAGACAGGUAAACAGGCCCAGAUACUAGCUUUUCUGAGGAAAACCCCAAGCGCAGGAGCUGGGGAGGAAAAGGCGGGCAGACUCGACUCCUAAACAGACAUUGAGGUCUCCCCUCAUUAAGAAACUUAAACGCUGAGGACAGUAAACCCCGUAACGGAGCCGAACAGCGUCCUCAAGAUGUCGCCACGUCCUCGUCCCCGCGGGGCAGGCAGGACACGGCCCCAAAGACGCCCGCACCCUCGUCCCCGGAAGCUGUGGAUACGUUUGUCUCAUGACAAAAGGGUCUUUGCAGAAGUUGGUUCCUUCAGGGUCUUGAGGUGGGGGAUCUCUUUGGAUUAUCUGGGGCUCAGUGUGGCAUCGAGGGUCCUCGUGGGAGGGAGGCAGGAGGGUCACAGAGGAGGCAGGAGGAAGAUUCUGUGCUGCAGGCUGUGCAGAAGGAAGGGCCCGAGCCCAGGAGGCGGCCCCCAAAACGCUGGAGAAGACAGGAGACAGUCCUCUCAGACCCCCCGGAAGGAACCUGCCGGGCCCACACUUAGACUUCAGACCGUGUCCGAUUUCUGGCCUCUGGAACGGGUAACACGUCUCUGUUGUUUGAAGCUGCCUCGUUUGUGGGGCUUUGUUACAGGGGCCCCAGGACCCUUGCACAGCCACCCAGACGGUGGAUCCUGCAUGGUGAGUCCCUCCUGGGGCACUGCCUCACCUGAGGGUGCUCCUCUCACGUCCUUCCCAGAGGCCACCUGCCCCCACGAGGGGAUGCAGAGGAUGGAGCCCCCGGGACGGGCGCCUCCCUCUGCCCUCGCCCUGGCUCUUCCCAGAGCAAUCCCCACUGUCCCCCACGUGCCGAUCUCGUCCCAGGACACCCAGCCCAUGAGGAACCAGAAAACCACAUCCACACGCACGUCACGCACAACAGGCCAGGGCUGCUGUGUCCACAUGGGGAGGGUUAGGAAUUGGCCAAUGGCAUGUGCUCCCCAGCAGAAAGCCGCCGAGCCGGACGGACGAUUCUGAGGAGAAACCCUGACGACUGGGACAUCACGAGGGGUGGCCCAUGGGAUGAACUCAGUGACGCAGCGUCCAGAGCGACCAGCAAAGCUGGGAGUGUCGGUGCCAAGGGGCCUGGGGGGCGGCCGCAGGGUCCCCUCCGGUGGGAGAGACUCGGGAUGCCGGCAGAGGGCUGAGGGCUGCACACUGGGCUCCUCCCGCGCCCCCACAGUCUACUUCAAGGCUCCGUCUGCAAGGGGGGCUCCGUGGGUGUGCAAACCACACGCACCCACGUGCUCACAGCGAGGCUGCCUCCAUGGGAGACGCCAGCCCUCACGCCCGGGAUGCUGUCAGGUGCACACGCGGCCACGUCACUGCGGUGGACACGGGCGUUAGAACAGAUGAAGGCUCCGGACUGACUGCUGCACAAAACGCGAGUAAUGUGGAGCCACGACACGAUGACCUACUGCCUGAACAAGAGGUCCCCCAUUUCCCACAGCCAGUCCUGGCUGCUGCAGCUUCUGGGCAAGCUCCUGCCGUGCGUCACCCGGCCCAUGGUGCUCAAGUGGUCCGUCACCCAGGCGCUGGACGUCACGGAGCAGCUGGACGUGGGCGUGCGCUACCUGGACCUGCGCGUGGCGCACGUGCCCGAGGGCUCCCGGAGGAACCUGCACUUCGUGCACUUCGUCUACACCACGGCGCUGGUGGAGGACACGCUCACCGAGAUCUCGGAGUGGCUGGAGAGACACCCGCGCGAGGUGGUCAUCCUGGCCUGCAGGGGCUUCGAGGGGCUGACGGAGGAGCUGCACGAGUACCUGGUCGCCUGCGUCAGGAACAUCUUCGGGCACAUGCUGUGUCCGCGAGGGGAGGUGCCGACGCUGCGUCAGCUGUGGGCGCGGGGCCAGCAGGUCCUCCUGUCGUACGAGGACGAGCGCACGCUGAGCCGGCACCGCGAGCUGUGGCCGGGGCUCCCCUACUGGUGGGCCGACCAGGCGAAGCCCACGGAGCUGGUGCGCUACCUGGAGCACAUGAAGAGCUGCGGCCGCCCAGGCGGGCUGUUCGUGGCGGGCAUCAACCUGACGGAGAACCUGGAGUACGUCCUUGUGCACCCAGCCGGGUCCCUCAGGAAGAUGACGCUCCCGCACCUGGCCUACCUGACCGCCUGGGUCCGCGAGCAGAGCCCCGGGCCGGGUGCGCGCUGCACCAACGUCAUCGCGGGCGACUUUGUGGGCGCGGACAGCUUCAUCAGCGACGUCAUCCGGCUCAACGAGAAGCUGCUCCCGUGCUGACCGUGUCCUUCCCCCAGCUCGUCAAGCGUGUGCCACCAAGAUUCGCCCUUCAUUCUCCUUUCCACGGCUGUUUGGGCUGCACACGGGGAGGCGAGUGGAGUCUGGGCAGCCGGGGCCAGUCCCUCAACCUCCUCCUGACUCAGGGCGUCCCCACGGGUGGCGCCUGGCCUCACUGUCCUUCGGCCUGUAUUUGGGGUGGAUUCCAUGAACAUGCUGAUGAUUGGAGCUGACCACGCGGCCGUCCUCAGGGAGGAACGACUGGGAUUUGGGGUCAGUUCUCCCAGGUCCAGUCUGGCUGGGCCCCCGCGAGAGGCUCCGAGGCGCCCUCCCCUGGGGCUUUGCAAGCAGCAGAACGAGGUCCUGGCAGCUUCGAGGGCCCAUUUGGAGCCCUGUGGCGCCGCCUGUGCCCUGUUCCAGCUGCUCCACCAGCCCUACCUUGGGGAAGGCCCGGCCCGCCUCCAGACCCUGGUGGGAGGCCGCCUGUCACUCACGCGCCCCUGAGACCCAGCGUCUGUUCCUCAUCUGGCGUGGGCCUCUGCCACACCAUAGUCAUCCCCUUUCUCCAGCGACCAUGGGGUGCAGUCGGUUUCCCGGCUCCUCCGUUCUCAGUUUCGGGGACUUUCUGUCUGGGGGCAUCCCGUGGUCCCAGCCAUGAUGACAUUCACUGUAUUUCUUAUUUUCCGUGUUCUUGACUCUCUGGUGUUGGGGCCUCGCAGGCCUGAGAGACGGCCCCUCCCAGGGUGAGCGGAUUCCCAGGGAUGAAAGCCACUUGCUGGGGUCUCGCCUCUCAGAUGCCAGCUGGCCCCGCGGUCUCAAACUCCGGUCCCACAAAUACCUGCUCUCGGGCACGUGGCCUCACAGAUCUGGCAGCGCAAGUUGUCGGCCGAACGAUGGGCCCCAACCACCCUCCCUAUCUCACUUCCCUCCUGAGAGGACACCCUGGACUCUUGUCUGGCUUGAGUUCCGGAACAUUCCUCCUAUAACGGAGGGGCCCUGGGCAUUAGGGUUUUUUCAGGUUUUGAAAAUGAAUUUGAACCAAAAUGACUACGUGAUCCACGUUGGAGGGUGUUCCCUUUGGGACCCAAUUAGCCAUUUUCUAAAAGAAAAUCCACGUGUGCUUUUGGCCUCAGGAUGCUGGUACUGAAGGAGGGCGCCUGGGAUCCAGAGAGAGAGACUUGGGGGACGUCCUGCCAGCUGCUCAGACCCGGACUCUGCGGGGUCGGCAUCGACCCACCGGGCUUGGUGCUCGUGGGGUUGAGUCAGACGGAGGAAUGUGUUUGAUACUGAGGGUCACAUCGUGGCGAUCGUUUCCCUGUAAAUCCUUUCCCUGAUCGUCUCGCAGCCCCGUCAGGAACGAUUCAAGGAGUCAAUUCUGCAGAAAAAUGAAAACACAGCAAAGUCAGAUCAGUUUACGGAUUUUUGUUCCCGUUAAACGACCGGGCGUUCUGGGGGCAUCUCGAUAAUCCGCAGAGAUGUGGACUCGACGGCGCACUCUUUUCUGGUCACUGAGAGUUUUUACAAACAGCCGAGUUGUGCCUCUUCCCCCCUCCGUUUGUGUCUGGAAACAAGGACGGGAUCAGA